AUGUCACAUAUGAGGCUAGUUGGAAAGGAAAACAACUUACUUGGAAGUGGGGGUUUUGGUUUAGUAUAUAAAGUGACGCUUUCAGAUGGAAUAGAUAUGGCAGUAAAGGUUUUCAGUUUAAAUCUAGAAGGGGCUUGCAAGAGUUUUGAUAGGGAAUGUGAAAUCCUAAGCAAUAGUCUUCAUAGAAACCUUAUCAAAAUCGUUAGCUGUUGCAGUGAACUUGAUUUCAAAGCCUUGGUAUUGAAUUACAUGCCAAAUGGGAGCCUCGAGAAGUGGUUAUACUCUCAAGACUAUUCUUUGAGUAUCUUACAAAGGAUGAACAUAAUGACAGACAUUGUGGCGGCAGUGGAAUACCUACACCACGGUUAUUCAAUACCUAUUGUGCACUGUGAUAUGAAGCCCAACAAUAUACUACUAGAUGAUGAUAUGGUUGCACACACGUUGCUGAUUUUGGAAUUGCACAACUCUUGGGUGGAGGAGAUUCUAUUACCCAAACCAUUACCCUAG